ACCCGAUGCUUACCGCGCAGGAGAUUCCAUUUUGAGUAAAACAAAACAAAACUUUUGGAAAUCAGAAGACCCCAACAAAUUAAUGUCAAGCAACAUUGAAGGUUUAUCCUCUUAAAACCUCACUGACCGUGUCGACCCUUUCAAGCCGGCAAAGAUGAGAGUUGCCGUUAGUGUCGUCGCUCUGUUGAUGGUUGGGGUGCUGGCUGCGCCGUCUGAUGCAGGCUGGUUGGACUUCGUCAGUGAAGCCGUUCAGGGAGCAAGCGACAUGUGGCGAAGCUACAGUGAUAUGCGAGAUGCCAAUACCAUUGGUGCCGACAAGUACUUCCACGCCAGGGGCAACUACGACGCUUCUCAGCGAGGACCAGGAGGAAGAUGGGCUGCUGAGGUUAUUAGUAAUGCCCGUGAAGGAUGGCAGGGAGGGAUUAGCGGCCGUGGUGCUCAAGACACCCAAGCGGACCAAGAAGCCAACGCCUGGGGACGCAAUGGCGGCGACCCCAACCGUUACAGACCCGAUGGUCUCGGAGAACAGUAUUAAAUAACCUUUCCCCAAUCAAAUUAUGCGAUAUUUCACAAGUGAAACAUUGCUGUUAUGGGAGACUAACUAUAACAUAUUGUUCCAUGUUCAACCUAUACUUAUCAAAUAUAACUAUUAUUAAGCUAUUCUAUUAAUAAAACCUAGUCAUGACCCUCUUCAGUUUAACACAAAUAUUUUGGUUACGGCAAGCUGACGAAAGCUUAGCAAUUAAAAUUGAAACACAUAUUCCAUUGUGAAAUCGGCCUUUCGGAUACAACUCUAACAAACCUUCUGUUGUAUUCUGUAGGCCAUAGACCAAUCACAUCCUUAAAAAAACACAGGGUAGGGAUGGUAUUGCUUAAAAACGUUUAAUAAAAGCCUUGCUGUCAUUAGUUUUAAUUUUGAAAGCACAACUUCAGCUUGUUUUCACUUUAAUUAUUUCACAGUGUUUCUCCCUUUUGCUUAAUUAGGCUCCCAACACAAAUGUACGGGAUGACAUCCCAAAAAGUUGCAUGCACCCUGCUUUGCCAUUAAAAUCCGUUUUGCACAAUAAAUAAAACAAAUAAUUAUUUUGUUUCUAGAUAAAUCUAAAAGUAAUCGGAUUAUU